GCGGAGCAAGUUCAGCGGCCCAAGCAUGGCAUGCCCGUCUGCACCUCCUUGCAGUGGCGACAACCGACGGCGAGCUCGACGUGUACGACGAGGAAGGCAAUCGCAUUGCUAAUCUCUCGCCAAACGCAUCUUUGGCAUCUUCCCAGGCUUUGAUGACGGACGGUGACAGCCACCCGCCAUACGGUGGACCGACGCCGAGCACAUCAGCUACUACAGCAGGAGCAACGCCUGUGGUCUCGGUCCUUGCAUGGCAUCCGUUUGAUCCUGUUCUGGUCUAUGGUUGGGAUUCGGGUGUUAUCGGUAUGGCAUCGUUGACUCCUUCCGGACCGGCUGUUACGCCAAAGUCGUACCCGCAUCCUGGUCGAACGCCUGAUGCUCCACUCUCGGUCCUCGUCUGGUCGCAUGAUGGAGCUCGCUUGGUCUCGGGUACCGUGGCUGGCGAUGUGGCGGUGUGGUACCACGAGCCAGCGCUUGAUGAGCUGGUUGUUGAGCAAGAGUACGCCUUGCACGAGGCUGUUACCCAUGUGGUAUUCCGCCAGACACCGACUCCAUCGCCAAGCGGUGGCGAGGUCCUGGUCCCCGCUGCCGGGCACGCGUUCUUUGUGGCAACCGCCGUAGGCGUCAUCACUCUCGCCGACCAGUACGGCCAGGCCACCCAGGCCUUUACCGUCUCGUCCGAGCUGCGGGUCUUUGAGUUUGAGCCGUGGAGCCAGCAGUUUGUUACCAUCACCGCCAACCUCAUUGUUGCCCGGCACGCGCUUGGGCCCGACGGCACCAUCAAGCUCAAGAUGAAGGCCAAGUUUGCCACUGCCGCCCGCAACGCCGGCGGGCUGCUCGGGACGUGGACGGUGCCGAACGUGCUCGCCACCGUUGCCAACGAGCCCAUGGUCCGCAUGUGGAACACGGCCGAGAACGAAAACUACAUCCUUUCACUUGCCGCCGUUGCCACUACCGGCGCGGCAUCGGUGACGAGCGACAAGAUCGCGUGCGUGGCGUACAACCCGUCGCGUCGCUCACUGGCGGCCGGCACCCAAGACGGCAAAGUUGUCAUUUGGCGGUUUGUCGGCGACGAGCCGGCUCUGUCAAAGUCGGACAACGACUGGGAGCUGGAGUCGGUGCUCUAUCUCGACGACGAAGUUGUUGACGUGGCGUGGGGCGGCGCCGUGGCGCUCACCACCACACCGCCGCCGGAUCAGACCUCGCCGGACGCGGCGCUCUUUGCCUCGGGCGGAAGCCGUGGCCUGCUCUCGGUGGCCACGCCUUCCGGCCUCACCCUCCUCCUCGAGUCGCCGAUGGCGUCCAAGAACACAGCGACUCGCAUGGCGCUGCAGUACGGUUCCAACUGGCUGGUGGUCCAGGCUCGUCCGGCUGCCGGCGACUUUACCGGCGAGGCUGCCCUCAACGACGCCCCGUGCCGCACCCGCCGCUCAAGGUCCAAACCGGCAUCCGCAUUCUCGGCAUGGACAUGAUCGACUCGGAUGACGAGCCGGGCCUCUCAGAGCUGCUAGUGUGGGACGGCGCCCGUGCCCACUACUACCACGUCACCGCCAAGGGCGCCUCUCUGGUCCGCGAGCUCAACAUUGCGUCGCGGACCAUGGCACUCCACCGCAACGCCAUUGUCUACCUCCGCGACUCGCGCGUCCUCAUUGCCAACACCUCGGGCAUUGUCAAGGAGACUCUCUCGUUCUCCGAAGGCGAGGGCCUUCCGCGGUGGCUCUCCCUCUGUGGCCACUACAUGGCGGUCCUCUCGUCGACGCUGGUCCUCAAGCUGUGGAACCUCUCGCGGCGCAAGGCCCACCAGUAUAACAUGGGCCGUCAGUUUGAGGCCGACGGCGAGCUCUUUGCCGCUCUCUCGGCCAUGGCUGUCAACGCCGACGGCACCCGCGUUGCCUUUCUCGGAGCCUCGUCGGCCGAAGCCCAGCCGGCUGUUGCGGUCUUUGAAGUCGAGACUGACUCUGUAGCACAGGUCGAGCUCAACGCCGGCGAGCUGCCGUGCGGCGUGGUCUGGUCGACAGCCGAACCGCGGCUGCUGGCGGUCGAGACCGUGGCCAAGCGCGGAGGCUCGCUCGCCGGCACCAUCUCCGCCAAGACGGGCGAGGCCGGGCCAGCCACCGACAGCGGCUCGGGCACGCCGCUCUCCAAGUCACGGCUCGCGGGCAAGUCGCUCUCGCGCAAGCUGAAGCGCAAGUCUGGGCCAGGAUCACCAGGAGGCACCGCAUCACCAUCAGCGCUGCGCAAAGGUUCGAGCCUUGAUCGGAGCGGCUCGCUUGCCGGCGCUAGUGGCGACGAUGACGGGCCUGACGCGCUUCCCUCGUUUGUGGUCACGCUUUUUGCCACGCCGACUGCCGGCGUCCUUGUCCAGUCGCGGACCCAGUUCCAGCCCGAGUUCCAGCGGCUGGUGGGCAUCGAGGUUCCGUACCUGGUCUUUGCGCUCAAGCCGCCGCUCGACGGUUCGGUGAUGGUGGAGCGGCUCGGCCUGUGGCCGAUGCAGGACUUUGUGGGCAUGGAGUCGCCGUCUGCGACAGCCUUUGGCGCGCUGCUUGACUUUUCGUACCAUCUCACCAUCGGCAACAUGGACGAGGCGUUCAAGGCCGUCAAGCUCAUCGAGUCGGACUCGGUGUGGCAGAACAUGGCGUCGAUGUGCGUCAAGACCCGCCGGCUCGACGUGGCCGAGAUCUGCCUUGCACACAUGGGCCACAUCCGCGGCGUUCGCGCCCUCCGCGAGGCGCGCCGUUUGCCCGAGCACGCCGCACAGGUUGCCAUGCUCGCCGUCCAGCUCGGCGAGCUUGAGGCUGCUGAGGCGCUGUACCUCGAGGCUGGGAGACCGGACCUGCUCAACAAGCUCUACCAGGCGUCGAAUCAGUGGCGGGCGGCGGUAGACCUGGCACGGAGCUCGGACCGCAUCCACCUGCGCAACACGUUUUUCAAGUUUGGCAAGUAUCUCGAGUCGAUCGGCGAGACCAAGCAGGCGCUGCAAGCGUACGAGCGGGCAGGGCUUGCGGCAGAGCAGGUGCCGCGGCUGCUUGCGCGUGACUUGCCGGCCCUGGAACAGUACGUCAAAGCGUCCAACGAGCCAGAUCUCAUCCAGUGGUGGGCGCAGUUUGCCGAGGUCAACUCGGCCUUUGACCAAGCGCUCAUGUACUACGAGCAGGCCGGCAACUACCGGGCGGUCAUCAAGAUCCUCUGCUACCUGGAGGACUUUGACAAGGCCGGUCAGGUGUGCGACGCCACCAAGGACCCGGCGGCAUGCUACCUCUACGCUCGGCACCUCGAGGCUGCCGGCUCAGUCGAGGCUGCACUCAACUACUAUAACCUCUCGAAGCGGUUCAACCACGCCAUCCAGCUCGGCAUGAAGUCCGGCAUGGACAACAUGGUGCUACAGAUGGCGCUGCAGGCCGGUGAGACUACCAAGCUCGCGGCAGCGGCGUACUUUGAGACCAAGAACGUCUGGGACCGCGCCAUCCUCCUCUACCACCGCGGCGGACGAACGGCCAAGGCUGUGGACCUCGCGUUCUCCACCGAGUCGUUUGACGCCCUUCGCGAGCUCGCCUCAUCGCUGGACUCGUCGACCGAUCCAGCCUUGCUCAACCGGUGCGCCUCGUUCUUCCUCGACCACGCGCAGUACGACAAGGCCGUCUCGAUGCUCAUUGCCGCCGGCCAGACCGAGCGCGCGUUGCAGCUGGCGGUCGACGAGAAGAUCGCCAUCACAGACGAGAUGGCCGAGGCACUCUCGCCCGACGCCUCGGUCGAGCCCGAGAAGCGGGCCAAGAUGCUCUCGGAGCUCGGCUCGGUCCUCGCUCGCCAGGGCUCGUACCGUCUGGCGUGCAAAAAGUACGCACACGCUGGCGACAAGAUCUCGGCCAUGAAAUGCCUCAUCAAGUCGGGCGACACGUCACGGAUCAUGUUCUUUGCCAACGUUUGCCGCAAGCGCGAGGUUUACAUCCUCGCUGCCAACGCUCUGCAGCAGGCUGACUGGCACGGGGACGCCGAAAUCCGCAAGGGCAUCAUCACCUUUUACACAAAGGCCAAGCAGUACGCCUCGCUCGCGCGGUUCUACGACGCGUGCGCCCGUCUAGAGGUCGACGAGUACCGCAACUACGAGCAGGCAACUAACGCGCUGGCUGAGGGCAUCCGCAUCGCCGAAAAGGCUACCGCAGACGCAUCGACUCCCGCUCUCAAGAAGCUACUGGACAACAUGCAGCUGCGCCUGAUGUGGAUCGAGCGGUUUGUCCACGCCCGGAGUGCGAGCGAUCCCAACGAGCUGCUCUCCGGCUGCCGCGCCAUCCUCGACGCCGCCGCCAACGACCCAGCCGUCGACGACGCCGUCCGUACUGGCGACAUCUAUGAGGUCCUCAUUCAACUCGCUGUCCACGACAACGACAUGGCCCAGGCCUACCGCCUCAUUCAGAUCAUGCUCGAACGCGGCAUCGACGUCCGGCUCUACCUCGAGCGUAACGUUGUCGAGCGAGUCUUUGUCGCAAACAACGCCUCGCUCUCCGAACUCAACCGGGUUGGCGACAGUGGAGGCGGCGGCGACGACAACGACAACGUCGUCGACGUCAUCGAUGACGAUUUGUGAGUGAACAAAACAUGAUAUGUG